AUGUUGAAAGCAGGUUCAUUACCUUCACCGGUAAUUAAUGCAUUAUCAUCGAAUAUCACUUCAUCGAAAAAUAAAAUUGAUUCACAAACUUUCAUUGAACUUCGAUCUGAUAUUCCACAUAUAAGAAUAUAUUUUAGUGUGGAUGGUACAAAACCUGAUCCAUUUCAAGUAUUUAAAACUGGUCAUGUAUCGACAUUUCUUUAUCGCGGAGCAUUUCGUCUUGGACCAGGACGACGUGUUGUAAAAGCAAUUGCUGUUACUACUGAUGGAUUACGUGAAAGUAGUAUAACAACAAAAUAUUUCGAUGUUAAUGAUAUGUACUCAGAACCAUAUCCAGAUGAAUAUGCAGAUCAAGAACAAUCAUUUCAUCAAAUAGAGAAAAGCCCAGAACGAACUCCUCCUAAUAAUAAAAAGAAAAAACCACGUACUAAUACUGAUCCACGUCGGUCAAUGUCCGCUAAUCAAUUAAAAAAUGAUAUGGAACGAACACCAUAUGAUGAUGGUUAUAAUGUUCAAGGUUCUAUUGAAGGUCCCAUUUCACCUGUUAAUUAUGCUGGCACACAAAUUAAUAUCUGGGGUACACCUGGAGGAAAUUUAACUGAUGGUUUAAUGCAUAUUGCUGAUCCACAUAGAAAUCCUAAUUAUGGAUAUAUGACUGAACAAAUGCUUGAACGUUUACAACCAUCAAAGAAUGUACCACAAAUAACUGAUGUUACUCAAGAAGAAGAUUUUUGGGAUCGAAAACCUAAACCAUUUAGUCCAGGCAAUGGAAAUUGGAAGAAAACUCUUGAACAUCUGUUUUUAAACAUCUAUAAUUAUGUUAAAGAUGAACAAGAACUACAAGAACUAUUUGGUUGGAAGAAAUUUGGACGUAUUGAAACAGCUCGUCUUAUUGAUAAAGGUAGUGUUUAUCAAAUAGUAACUACAUUUAAAAAACCUCUCGGUGAACAAACAACUUAUGAAGAACCACCUCCACGUAAGCCAGUUCCAAAAAAACGACCACCAAAACGUACUCGAACACCACCUGAUAAUGAAGACAGACCAUAUCGACCCGUUCAAGUAACACCACCACCAUCUCCGCCACCUGAGCAUCACGACGAACCAGCACAUACAGAAGAUAAAGAACAUGAAGAACAUACGCCACGUAUUUAUACAGAAGAAACUGUGCAACAAGGAACACUUGUACCAUUUGCUGAUUUUAAUGUCGAACGAGAUUGUGAUAAUCUUCGUAAAGCAAUGAAAGGUUUUGGAACAGAUGAAGAUAUGCUUAUUCAUAUUCUUGGUAAUCGUAGUAGUGAUCAACGAGUAAAAAUUCGUGAUCAAUAUAAAUCAAUGUUUGGUCGAGAUUUAAAAGAUGAUAUCAAAGGUGAUACAUCAGGAAAUUUUGAAAAAAUAUUGAAAAAUCUUUUAUAUUCACCUGUUGAAUAUGAUUGUCAUGAAUUACGACGAGCUAUUAAAGGAGCUGGCACAGAUGAAGAAGCAUUGAUUGAAAUUUUAACUAGUCGGUCAAGUAAACGUAUAAAAGAUAUUAAUGAUCAAUAUCAGACAUUAUUUAAUCGAACACUUGAAAAAGAUAUUGUUGGUGAUACAAGUGGACAUUUAAAAAAAAUAUUAGUUGCAUUAGUACAAGGACAUCGACCAGAAACAAAUGAAGUCAAUGAAGAUGAAGCAGAAAAUGAUGCAAAAGCUUUAUAUGAAGGUGGUGAAAAGAAAUGGGGUACGGAUGAAUCGAAAUUUGUUGAAAUUCUUUCGAAUCGAAGUAAUGCACAAUUGAAAGCUGUUUUUAACGCUUAUGGACAUUUCAGUAAGAAAGAUAUUGAAGCAGCAAUUAAAUCAGAAACAAGUGGUAACCUAUGUAAAGCUUUAUUAGCUAUUGUUCGAGUAAUGCGUGGUCGACCUGCAUUUUUCGCUCAACAACUCAAAAAAGCAUUGAAGGGUAUUGGUACUGAUGAAGAUGAAUUAAAUCGUGUUGUUAUAUCACGUUGUGAAGUUGAUAUGAUUCAAAUCAAAGAAGAAUAUGAGAAUAUUAUGAAACGUACAUUAGAAAAACAUGUUGAAAGUGAUACAAGUAGUCAUUAUCGAAAAAUUCUUCUUGAAUUAUUAAAAGAUCCAAGUCAACGAACUCAAAAAGCUGGCAAUGCGAAAUUUGAAAAUGUUGAAUUACCUGGUUAUGAACAACCUGCUGUUUAUAAAGAAGAUCUUAUUCAACAAGGAACUAUGCCAGCAGCACCAAAUUUUGAUGCUGGCCGUGAUGCUGAUGCUUUACGAAAAGCAAUGAAAGGAUUUGGUACAGAUGAAAAAGUUUUAAUUAGUAUAUUAGGUAAUCGAAAUACUGCUCAACGAAUGCAAAUUAAAGCUGCAUUUAAAGAUAAAUUGGGGCGUGAUUUAAUUUCUGAUCUGAAAUCUGAAACAUCGGGUAAUUUUUCAAAAUUACUUGAACGUUUGAUGAUGGAUCCAGUUGAACUUGAUUGUUUUGAAUUAAAACAAGCUGUUAAAGGAUUAGGUACAGAUGAAGAAACCUUAAUUGAAAUAUUAGCCAGUCGUAGUAAUGAACGAAUAAAAGCAAUUACUGAAUCAUAUCAAAAGUUAUAUGGAAAACCCUUGGAAAAAGAUGUUAAAUCAGAUACAAGUGGAGAUUUUCGUCGUUUACUUGUUUCACUUAUGCAAGGAAAUCGACCAGAAACAACAGAAGUUGAUGUUGAAAAAGCAAAACAAGAUGCACAAGAAAUCAUUGAUGCUGGUCCAGCAAAAUUUGGUACAGAUGAAGCUAAAUUUAAUGUCUUAUUUUGUAAUCGUAGUGAUUCACAAUUACGAGCAAUUUUUAAUGAAUUUGCUAAAUUAACUGGCAAAUCAAUUGAGGAAAUAGUAACAAGUGAAACAAGUGGUGAUCUUCGAAAAGGUAUUUUAGCUAUUAUUCGAAGUGUACGAAGUCGUCCAGUGUUUUUUGCUGAACAAUUACGUACAGCUAUGAAGGGUGCUGGUACGAAAGAAUCAACAUUAAAUCGAAUAUUAAUAACACGUUCAGAAGUUGAUCUUGUUCAAAUUAAAGAAGCAUUUAAACGUCUUAUCAAUCGAGACUUAGAACGUGAUGUUGGCUCAGAAACAAGUGGAGAUUAUAAAAAAUUACUUCUGGAGAUACUAAAAGAUCCAUCACAACGUUAA